AUGUCGACCUUUGAUGGGGUUGUAAAAGAAUUCCCCGGAAUCCAAAUCGAUUACUUCCGAAAAAAUCAAGAUAGGCCGCCUCUGGCAUGCUUUCUCAGCCAUGUCCACAGUGACCACCUUCAAGGGCUGGAGUCUUUCCGGUCCCCGUUCAUCUAUUGUUCGGCGGCGACUAGAGAUUUGCUUCUACGCAUUGAGAAAUAUCCCCAUCGGAUGAAUUUCAGUAAAGGAAUCCUGGAGGCACGACGACUACACUAUAGACACCUAUCCAAGCUUCUGAGACCGAUCCCUUUGGAUACCCCAACGGAAAUCGAGCUAACACCCCGGGUCUCGAUCCGGGUCACGCUUUUAGAUGCAAACCACUGUACUGGGGCAGUGAUGUUUUUGAUCGAAGGCGACGGAAAAGCAAUCUUAUAUACAGGAGACAUCCGCGCUGAGACCUGGUGGGUUAACAGCCUUGUCCGACACCCGGUCCUCAUCCCGUACACGCUGGGGAGAAAGAGCCUCGACAACAUAUACAUCGAUAAUACGUUUGCACGCCAGUCUCAUAUCUACCGGUUCUUUCCGUCAAAAGCUGAGGGACUAGCGGAGCUUUUGCAAAAGGUCACGUCCUACCCAGCGAACACGGUCUUCUACUUUCGAGCGUGGACCUUCGGCUACGAAGAAGUCUGGACGGCCCUCUCAGCGGCCCUCAAUUCCAAGAUCCAUGUGGAUCGAUACCAAAUGGGCAUCUACAAGGCUCUGAAGUCCCCCGGGAAAAGCGAUGGCAUAGCAGCUUCGCUCUGCGGGUUUGCACUCGGCAACAGAGUGGUUACAGGCUGCCUCAGCGACGACGAAAAUUCCCACGUCCAUAGCUGUGAACCAGGCCUGAAUUGUCCGGUGCUAUCUUCCGAAAACACGGUCUUCAUAACUCCAAUCGUCAACCGAACCAAAGACGGGUCCCAACUCCCCGAGGUCGGCGCUGGCGGUGGAGGUGGUGACUUGUACCAGACCCACGACCUUGAGCUCCCAGACCAGUCAGCCCUGGACCAGCUGGACCAGCUGUGUCUCGAGCGCACCCACGACCCCCAUGCGUUGGAGCAAGUAAGGAAGACGCUCGCGCAGGCCUUCUGGUCGAAGAGCCGAACGCUCUCACUCGACAUUUAUGGAAUCAAAGACGAACACGACAUACCUCUCGAGAACCUCGUCAACGUCCUCAGUCGGGGUUCUACGGACGGGGGUCGGUGGGAUUCCAGGGAUGCUAGGUCAUCGGACCCGCUGCCCAAGAUUAUUCACUUUCCGUAUUCCCGCCACUCGUCCUACGCCGAACUCUGCGAACUGGUCGCUGCAUUCCAUCCAAAAGAGGUGUUUCCAUGCACAGUCGACCCGGGAACUUGGAAUGAAGAUGUCUCGAUGGUGAGACUGUUUGGACAUUUGUGCACGGGGACAAAAUUUUCCCACGACAACUACAUGCGAGACAUAGCCAACAGUGGCCAACGAAAGCGGCGUCGAUCAUCGAGCAAUGGGAUGACAACGUUUCACCAAGAACAACUGCCCACCUCCCAGCAGCAUAACACACCUCCAACCCCAACACCACCAUCACCAGCGCAACCAGCCGUACCCAACACCCUCGCAUUCCCCACCUCCAGCAAGGAAACAAGAAGCGCAAAACACGAUGAAAUCCGUCUCGCACGGCGUUUCCUCCAAAACAAUAACAACAAUAACGAUAACAACUUGCCCACAGCACAAAAGACCCACUUUGAACUCGAAUCUCUCCCAUCUUCCUGGACAAGCAACGACACCACCACAAUAUCACAGAAUCAGAACCAAUCCCAAAAUAUCGUCGUUCCAGCAAACGGUUCUUUUCCAGUACGCGACGACACCACCGAUCUCAACCUCAACCCUAUCUCUAACGUCAACCCCUCAAGCCCUCCCCCACGAACACCCUCCAUCACCACCUCCGCUUCACCAUCCCAAGACCAGCAGCAACAGAAGCAUUACCUCAACGACGAAAACCCCGAAUGGCCCAUCGACGACCUCGACCUCGAACCCAACCAUGAUAAUCACCACGAAACGGAAAUAAACCCCCGUCAGCGGGAGGCAUACCUCGCCGCACAAGCAGAUAGCUACGAUGCGUGGGCGGACGUGGGACUCGUUUCUGCGGGCGAUAAUCACUGUGUGGAGGAGGUUGAGUUGUAAAAUAGCCAAGUAGGUUUAACUAUAACCUGUAUAUAGAAC